AUGGCAUGGGGAAAGCAUCGAGGAUGUUGUGAAGAAAACCGGCUCCGUGCUCACCCCUUCAACACCACCGUACUUCCUGCUUUAACCUAUGCUUCGGAAACCUGUGCAUUUCGCAAGCAGGAAGAAAAGAGAGCCGAGCUGUACGUGCAGUCUUGCUUGCGAUCUAAAAAUGAGCAGACUGAUAAUAUGCUGAUUCAAUUUUUCCAGUACAAUCAUACCUGUGAUGAGGACUACGUUAUCAAGACAGGAAAGGACAAUACGGACAACCUAGCGUUGAUUCAAAAAUGGGCAAACAUGACAAAUUUGUACUGGUGGGGAGACCCCUACUCGAGCGAUAUCACCAACAGCGGCGAUGGGACAUUCCAAAAACCUGGAUUGAAGAAGACUGACAAGCUGAAACAGUUCCAGUCAUUCGCGUGCAGGAAAAAAUCGAAGCUUGGGCUCAACGAGAAAAUAGGAACAGAUCCUCCCUUUAACUUUAAUUUCGAGCGAGCAACAUCGAUAAGAAAUCUGUCUGCUGUUUACUAUGUUACUGAACAAUGCGCAGCAAACAAUAAUGAUGCAAUGAGAUUUAAAAUGGAUGGAGAUUCAUACGACACCACAAUGGAACUGAACAAAGGUUAUAGAUACGAAAACAAAGAAAUGGUGGACUACUUUCCAACGUGGCCAUGCGGAGCAAACCACACUUACAAUCCUCAUGCUGAAGGCUGUUUAGGAAUUGACUGCUCUCUCUCGCAGUUUUGGUGCAACAGUUGUUGCAACGGAACACAUUACAACAAUACUGUAUUCCUUCCUCCGGGAAUAAUACCGCUUCGAUGCCUACCAGGUCAAAACGUCCUAGCUCCAUUUGCUGGAUUCCUUUCACCUCCACACUUUUUGUGGUCACCUCAAGAAGUGCGCGACAAUAUGAUAGGACUCAAGCCAAACGUUUCUGCACACGAACCUGCUCUCUUCGACAUUCAGCCGUUAACUGGUUCCACUGUAAAUGGUCGCUUCCGGAUGCAGUUCAGUAUUCCGAUUUAUAACGAUGGAUCCUUAACAGAAUCAAAGCAACUCUACAACUCGUUUCUACCUGCGUUUUGGGUAACAAUCGAUGUGAAGAUGUUGGACUACGCACACAACUAUAUUUAUUUCAACACAAAAGAAUUACCGAACAUAAUACUUGGAGUUGGUAUCGGUCUCGUCGUUGUUCCGGUACUAACAGGACUAAUAUGGAUUUUCUUCUGCAUGCGAAAGAGACGAACUACUAUCGCAUUUUCUUUAUCUAAAGCAGCUACCGAGGAAUCAUGGACGCACCAAUAA